AUGACGCGCGCAAACUCACGUGUCAAGGUUGAAGACCAGGCCGCCUAUCGCGUAGCCCUGAAGCAGCGUACCACCUGCAGCGCGCCGAACCCUGCGCUUAACAGCCAUGGCGAAGACGUGCCUGGUGCUGGCUCUGUUGGGGCUCAGAACAUCGAGCGCACUUUUGCAAUGGUGGAAGAACAAAUGUUCUUGCUUACAGCAUGCUGGACGCUUCACUGUAUGCCCUGCCAAAUCAUCUUCAAUAGCGCCAACGAACAAGCGGUGCAUAACUCCAAAUGGCAUUGGGAUGAAUUCCUAUGUUUUGCGUGCGACAUAGGAUUCGAAACUGCCACAGAUCUCAAGAAGGUCAGUCCUCGAUCGCGCGUCGUUCAACUUGAUGAGUAA